UAGUUCCUCAAAAAUCAGUCUGAGGCAGACAGAAAAGGGUAAACCAGCGUCUACAGCAGCAAGUUUAGUCGAACUGAGAGGAUUUGUGCCGCGCGCUGAUAACCACCGCACAGAUGCCUGGCCCUGGGCCAUAACGGAUAUCACCCGACAUUUAUUUUUUCAUAUCAUCGUAUGGUUUAGCUGUAGGACGUCGAAUAACAACCGUUUGGUUUCACCGAAUCGCGCCAUCGCUGUUGGUCUUUCAUUUGGAGGGCUCGCCCUUUCUCCGGGAGUCUGAAUGGAAGCAGCAGCCGAGGGAGCAGUUGGGCUGUCAGACGCCAGGGAAGCGAGACCGUUAUCCGGGGCUACAGCAUCAGAGGAUGCGGACACUGUCAUUGGAAUUAGCUACGGAAGGGACAGUGACAUGGACUAUUCUGCUAGAAAAGCACACAUCACAGAGCUACCUGGUGUCUCGGGUCUACCAGGCCAGGGGAAGAGGAUGGGCCACAGGGGAGUGGACGCGUCCGGAGAGACCACCUACAAGAAGACCACGUCCUCUGCCCUGAAAGGUGCCAUCCAGCUGGGCAUCGGCUACACGGUGGGCAACCUGAGCUCCAAGCCUGAGAGAGACGUCCUCAUGCAGGACUUCUAUGUGGUGGAGAGCAUCUUCUUCCCCAGUGAAGGCAGCAACCUGACUCCAGCCCACCACUUCCCAGACUUCCGCUUCAAGACGUACGCUCCUGUGGCCUUCCGCUACUUCAGGGAGCUCUUUGGGAUCAGGCCUGAUGACUACCUGUACUCCCUGUGUAACGAGCCCCUGAUUGAGUUGUCCAACCCCGGGGCCAGUGGCUCUGUGUUCUACCUGACCAAGGACGAUGAGUUCAUCAUCAAGACCGUCAUGCACAAGGAGGCAGAGUUUCUGCAGAAGCUGCUGCCUGGAUACUACAUGAACCUCAACCAGAACCCUCGCACCCUGCUUCCCAAGUUCUUCGGCCUGUACUGCAUCCAAUCUGGCGGUAAGAACAUCCGCAUGGUGGUCAUGAACAAUGUUCUACCGCGCGCCGUCCGCAUGCACCUCAAGUUUGACCUGAAGGGCUCCACGUACAAACGCUGUGCCUCGAAGAAGGAGAGACAGAAAGCCAAGCCCACCUUCAAAGACCUGGACUUCAUGCAGGAUCUGCAGGAUGGCCUGAUGCUAGACCAGGAUAUGUACAGCGCUCUGGUCAAGACCCUGCAGAGAGACUGUCUGGUGCUGGAGAGCUUUAAGAUCAUGGACUACAGCUUGCUGCUGGGGGUCCAUAACAUUGACCAGGCAGAGAGGGAGCAGCAGAUGGAGGGAGGAGAGAAGGAUCAGAAGAGGCCCGUGGCCCAGAAGGCCCUCUACUCCACCGCCAUGGAGUCUAUCCAGGGAGGGGCUGCCUGCGGGGAGUCUAUCGAAACAGACGACACGAUGGGAGGCAUCCCAGCAGUCAAUGGGAAAGGAGAGCGUCUACUCCUCUACAUCGGAAUCAUAGACAUCCUGCAAUCCUACAGGCUAAUAAAGAAGCUGGAGCACACAUGGAAGGCUAUGGUUCAUGAUGGGGACACCGUAUCAGUCCAUCGGCCGGGCUUCUAUGCAGACAGGUUCUUCAAAUUUAUGAGCAGCACUGUGUUUAAGAAGAGCUCCUCCUUAAAGUCUUCUCCCAUUAAGAAGGGCCGUGUGGGCCUGACGGUGACUAAGUACACUGGCCCCGGGGCCGCCUGGUCAGCCAGCCAGCUGCCCUCGGAGAGAGAUGACAACAUCUACGACCUGAGAGGAGCACGCAGCUUCCCCACGCUGGAGGACGAGGGGCGACCAGACCUCCUCCCCUGCACCCCUCCGUCAUUUGAGGAGGCGACAACAGCCUCCAUCGCCACCACUCUCUCCUCCACCACCUCUCUGUCCAUCCCAGAGAGGUCUCCCUCAGACGCUGGGGCAGAGCACCCCCGCUACAGGUACCAGAACAACAGCUCUGAGAGAAGGAGGCACACCCAGUCUGUCAGCCAUGACGGGAGGACUCAGGAGGAGGUGCGUGAGGAGGAGCAGCAGACCAUCACGGUGGAGGUGGAGGUGAAGAGACACGACAGCGAGCCCACCAUCACGGCCCCACAGCCCUCUCCAGAGACCAGCGAUGUACCAGAGGUAGCCGAGGCUGCUGCCCCACCCUCCUCCUCCUCUCCCCCAGCCCCUGGGGCCCCUGCUGAAGCCUCUGCUGAGGCCACUGCUGCUGAGACCCCUGGCCCAGAGGCCGCUGUCAGUCGCAAGGUUGUGGUUGUGGAGGCUGAGCGGGACCGCCGGGGCAGCACAGUGUCUGGGUCUGGAUGCACCAGCCAAGCCUCACAGGACGACGAGGAUGACGUGCCAAUCACAGACAUCUACUUUCCCCCUGAGGACAAGACCUGGGUGUACUCCCCUCUGCACUACGGCAGUGAGUCUCAGACCUUGCCGGAUGGGGAAGGGGAGGAGAGCGAGACAAGCUGAGAGGAUGAUUCCGUGGAGAGAGGAGCCAUCAGACUGAUCCCCGGGCCUCUGAUUGGCAGGCAGCGGAAGCAUUCCAAUCCAGACCUGUAUUUUAAACCAUGGAUACAAAAACAAAACAGACUAAAUACUGUGAGGAAACCCCCUCGACAUCCCGUAGUCACAGUGGUGAUGAUACUGUAUGAUCGAUUCCCCACCUUUCAACCCACCUCAACCCCAAAUUGCCAUAGCAGAAGAAAAGCAGGAACUCAAAUUGCUAGGCUAUACAUCUAGCAUACCCCAUUAAAAACAUGGUUAUUGAGGCAACUCUGCUACUCCUCUCACAUUCCCAAAUGUCGAUACAGUCAAAUGGUCACAUUUAUUUAAUUGAUAUGUUAAUUUAUAUUGUGAUUUUUCUUAGUUUAUUAUUUUGUUGUUUUUUUAUCUUUUUUUUGUGCACUUUUUUCAGCCAUUUAAUACUGUGAAUAUAUUUAGUUAUGUUGUGUGCUUCAAAUGUAGCUCUAGCAGGAAUCUUAUUGUUGUUUUGUAGCUCUAGCAGCAAUCUUAACGUCGCUAUCGAAGAGGUACUUUACCGUUAUGUUGAAUGGUACUUUACCAUUGGAGAGGGAACACUUUAUUUCCAAUAGAUGAAAAAUUAUCUAUAGAAUGUGUUUCAGAAAACAUGAUUUGGUAAAUCGCAUAAGCCUACUGUAUUAUUUUACAGGUUUGUUUAUUCGUUGUUAUGUAUUUAUUUUGUCAUUUCUAUCACAGUAUUGCGAAAGGCUUCUAGCCUCAAAACCAGAUCAUUGCAACACUAAAUAAGGCUGGGUAUUGUCAAUCAUUUCAAAAUCCUACAUCAUUACAAUGUCUUCUAGAACCGCCCAACUUUCAGAGGAAUGCAAACAAAUCAUUUUCUAAGCAUAAUGAUUCAUUGAGCUGUCGUAAUGUCAUGAAAUACCAAUAUUUCAGCAGUCAAACCUUGACUCUGAACGUUAGCUCUGCUGGAGGGGAUUUAGGCUAAUGGAUUUGAUUACUUAGGCCAAAAAACUCACAGUAUCACAUGUCCAGAAUUAAUUAAUACUUCUGUUAUUUAGUAAUAGUUCAUCCGAGAGGGAUUUCAGGCUGCUCUUAGACAGCACUUUUAUGUAUCAACCAUCAUCAGAUGUGAAAGUGAGGUCUUCAUCACAAUCAUCUGGUAUAGGAUUAGUGUUAUAGUCUUUAUGCGAAUUCCAUGUUUUAAGGUUUAAGUUGUGUUUCAAUAUGUUUUAUUCUUUUUCUGUUUCACACUUGGCUAUUUAAGUUAGUUGGUGUGUUUGUAUGUCUGUGCGUGACGGAAGGCGUCAAUGUCAAAACGUGUAAAAUACUGAUCAUUCUAUCAUAAUGUGCAGUGGCCAGUUGUAAUCAGUUGCUGUUGUCCAUGUCAUCAAGAUACCAUAGCAGCAGUAUGUUGUACAGUACAGGUGCAGUCUUAGUUAGUUUUAAUUGCCUUAUUGAGAAAUUAAAACGUAUCAUAUCAAUGUUUUUUUCAUAGUAGUGCUGUUGUAUUUAUUAUUUUCAAGUCAUUUUUUUCAAUACUGUAGUUGUGAGCCAGAAAAUGUGUAUAUACAAUUAUAAAUACAUAUAUAAAGAAUAUAUAAAUAUAUUUUCCAUUUGAAUUGGAGAAUAUUAUUUUUAUUUGAUUACAUUUUUUGCUGCUGGCAGGAAAUGAUUAAGAGCUACACAUGAUUUACUGUACCAUGUUCUUCAAGGUGUUGACACGAUGCAGCUCGAUUUAUGGUUUAUAAAUCACAGGUGUUUUCUUUUUUUUAAUGUAUGAAAUGCAUUACUGAAGAGUUGUCAGUUUUACUGUACCAGUUUAGUGUACAUGUUUUCAAAUCACAGUGUGCCCUCCUUCACAGAGACAUAGCAUGGUUUAAAAAUGAAAAUGCAUAUCAGAAAUAUGUAUUCAUGUAUAUCUGUGUAUAUUCAUCUAUUUAUACAUGAGGAUAAAUAGAUGGCUGUAUGUCUGUGUGUGUUUGGACUCUUACGAUGAGAAUGAAUACAAAAUAAAGCAGUUCUAUGUCUAUGAUAUAGUGUAUUUGUCCAUGCUUCCAAAGUUGUCUGUUGACUUCCAUGUCUAUAUUGCUGAUGUCUGCAAGCAAGGGAAUUCCCUCCAUGUGUCUCUUGUGCUACUGUUCAGCGCAUGCUGUGAAAAACAUAAUUGUGCAGUGCUUGAUUUUUGUGUGGCCUUUUCCCCCUAUUCUGCAAGAAGGCUCACAGAAGAUACAUUUUAAGAGAAGCAUAUUGACCAGCCUAGUAUAGAAUUCAAUAUUUUCAACUGGUGAGAAUAGCAACAUGAUGUUCAAGGCACGCUCCCCAAGAAUAUCUUUCUUUUGAUUUAUGCCAUCUUAUCUGAAGCAAUACUGGUGAAUGAGGAAGGUAUAAAGAAAAUGUUUCAUAACACUACUAUGAUUGGGUCCUCAUCAAAACAGAAAUGUUUGAGUCUACCAGUCAGUUGUCAUCUGAGCUAAUUUAUUAUGGUGGGCAUGGCCCACAAAUGGAGAUCAUACGUACUGGACUGUUUACACUUUACAGCUUUUUGAAAAAUAGUACUGCUAUAACACAAUACAAUACAACAGAGGGAAAAUGUUCAAAUGUGUUAUGCAAUCAAUCAUGUUUUUUUAUCAUGUCAAAUAUGAGGUCCUUAGGAAAUAUUUUGACAUUGGUCCAUAAUUUCCCUGUUCUAACAAUGUCAUGCAUGCUCUCAAAAGCUGUUCGCACUGUUACCUGCCCAUAUACUGAUACAGCUACGACCGGAAGUGACUUUCGUAGCGGGUUAGGAGAAUUAACAUAGCAGGUUGGGAGAAUUAGGCUAACAUUAUUAAGGGUUAGGGCUUUGGAAAAUGCUCCCCUAACCUGCUACGAAAAUCACAUCCGGGUGUAGCUGUAUCAAAGUGGCGUGAAAAGAGUGUCUCUCAUAUUUUGGCUACAUGAUCUUGGUUUUGAUUGUUUUUGUCUUUUUGUUAGUAUUUUGCUUGAAUGUUUUACAUAGAGAAAAUGUGCCCUGUGAAAGAGCUCUCUCAUUUAAACAGCUAUAUCAGAGUGAAGUGACAUUAAAAUGUAUUGUCAACCGAAUUCAACUGUCAAAAAGCAGGGAUGAAAUUCAAUUGUACAACCUUCUCUUAAUUUAUGUCGAUCAAAAGGUGGGGUGAAAAAAAUAAAGUUCCAAAAUGAA